AUAAAUGGCGGGGCUAUCGUCCUUGCCUCUGUAUCCAUUGCCGGGAAAAUGGCCUCGAAAAGUCUGGUACGGAUGGAGGAGGAUGAAGUUGUCAGCGGGGCUCAGCUCAUCGCGGAGUCCCUAAAGACACAAGAAAUUGAAUAUAUGUUUGGCAUUGUUGGUGUUCCUAUAACAGAAGUAGCAAUUGCUGCACAAGCAAGUGGAAUUAAAUAUAUAGGAAUGCGCAAUGAACAAGCUGCCUCUUAUGCAGCUUCUGCUGUGGGAUAUCUGACAGCCCGGCCUGGAGUAUGCCUUGUUGUUUCUGGUCCUGGUCUUGUAAAUGCUCUAACUGGAAUGGCAAAUGCAAACAUGAAUUGCUGGCCAUUGAUUGUCAUUGGAGGCUCCUCUGACGGAAAUCAAGAGACUAUGGGAGCUUUUCAAGAAUUUCCACAGGUUGAAGCAUGUAGACUUUUUAGCAAAUUUUCUGUCAGACCAAGCAGUCUAGAAGCUAUUCCUACAGUUAUCGAGAAGGCUGUCAGAACCAGUAUUUAUGGACGCCCAGGUGCCUGCUAUAUUGACAUACCUGGAGACUUUGUAAAUCUGACAGUGAAGAAAAGCUCUGUCAAGUACAUGGACUGCUGUCCAGCACCUCCUAUCAGUAUGGCUGAAGAGAUGACCAUUUCUAAAGCAGUUUCAUUCAUUUUACAUUCCAAGAAACCACUUUUAAUUAUUGGCAAAGGUGCUGCUUAUUCACGUGCUGAAAACAGCAUCAGAAAAUUGGUGGACCAGUGUGGGCUUCCAUUUUUGCCUACGCCAAUGGGGAAGGGAGUUGUUCCCGACAACCAUCCGUAUUGUGUGGCUGCAGCCAGAUCUAGGGCACUACAAUAUGCUGAUGUGAUAGUAUUACUUGGAGCCAGACUGAAUUGGAUUCUGCAUUUUGGACUUCCACCAAGGUUUCAACCAGAUGUAAAAGUUAUUCAGGUGGACAUUUGUGCUGAAGAGCUGGGAAACAAUGUGAAACCUGCUGCAGCCUUGUUGGGAGACAUAAAAGCAGUGACUGAUCAGCUUUUAGAUGAAUUUAACAAGAAUCUUUGGAAAUACCCUUCGGAUACAGAUUGGUGGAAAGAUCUUCGAGCCAAAAUGCAUAGCAAUGAGACAGCAUCUAAGGCACUAUCACUAGAAAAACAGCUGCCAAUGAAUUACUAUACAGUAUUCCAUCAUGUGAGGAAACUUUUGCCAAAGGAUUGUAUUCUGAUCAGCGAGGGAGCAAAUACAAUGGAUAUUGGGCGUACCAUGCUCCCAAAUUAUUUUCCUCGGCACAGGCUGGAUGCUGGUACCUUUGGGACAAUGGGAGUCGGACUUGGUUUUGCAAUUGCAGCUGCUAUGGUUGCUAAAACCUGUAAUCCUGAACAGCGAGUGAUCUGUAUAGAAGGCGAUAGUGCAUUUGGUUUUUCUGGUAUGGAAGUGGAAACUAUUUGCAGGCAUAACUUGCCAAUCAUUAUAAUCAUAAUCAACAACAAUGGAAUAUACAAUGGCUUGGACUCAAACACUUGGAAGGAUCUGCUGAAGUUUGGAGAACCUUCUACACAUGCACCUCCAGUAGCUUUGUUGCCAGAUGCUCGCUAUGAGCAAAUUAUGUCUGCCUUUGGUGGCAAAGGGUACAUUGUACAAACACCAGAAGAAUUACAAGCUGCCCUGAAAAUAAGCUUAGCAGAAAAGCUUACUCCUUCUCUCCUUAAUGUCAUGAUCAACCCACUAUCAGGCAGAAAAAAGCAAGAUUUUCACUGGCUGACCCGUUCUAACAUGUAACAGAAGAUGAAAAUACCAGAAGCAAAAUCCUAGGGUAAACGCAAGAGAUGUCCAGAUUCCACAGCAUAAGUACAGUUGCUAGCUGUUCUUACAAAUGGUCGUGUUGAUUGCCAUAUGUAAGAAAGGAUUUGAUAAUUACACACAGAUCUACAUUUUGUAAUUUUGGGAGAGAAAAGACAUCUAGCUUCUAACUUAUUUCUUUUUCCACUGCUUGUAUCAACUUUUGAAAGCAUUUACUUCAAUGCCUGCCCAUUGAUCUUAAAAACAAGAGGUACCUAACGUACUGAUUUACUUUUGAUUUCUAUGUAAUUUUACAGCAUGGGGGUGCAACAGAGCCCUCUUUGUGUCUUUCAUUAGAGAAACCUUCCCAAACUAUGUAUCAUCUAGAUGUAUGACUUAACUCCUGUUAAAAUCCUUAGUUGCUUAAAAACUGCUGGAGUAUGCAUUUUGCAUUCUGAUUUUAAUUGUUGCCCUUUUAUAACACUGAAUAUUUUUUUCCCCAAAUUAAAUUAUCUUGUUCUCUC